GCUGUUUGCCAAUGUUUUCAUUCUAUAUAUUAGUAUAUAAUUUGUAUAUUUUUGCCCCUGAUCCAGAAAAAGUUGAUAACGUUGUUUAUAAAGAAAUUUUUUAAGUCUUAGAAUAAUUAUCAAAAUACUGGCAUAAUUCAUCUUUUGUUCCAUCCAUAGUUAUACCUACAAAAUGUACAUACACAAUUUACAUACAUCUGAGAAAUCUUGCAAUAGCGAAGCAUUGCCGGGUCAGCUAGUAUUCUAUAUAAAAAGUAAUUUCGUAUGCGAUUGUGGAGUGGCAACUGACAUUUCAAAAAGACUCAUAAAUUGUACAUUAUUUUGUGAACAGUUUGAUGAAUUUAUUUUAAGAAACAAUUAUAUGGAUGAGGAAUACCAAAAAAAAGAAUAUGGUCAAUACUUAACGAAAGUCCCAUGUCCAAAUUGCGAUGAUAAAUACAUUGAGGCAUAUUGUACUACAUGCAAUAAAUUGCACUGUGCGCUGUGCCAAUUAGUGAAUCAUAGAACUCAUCAUUUUAAAACUAUAAGCAAAGCUAUGGAGGAGAUCCGUUCAAAUUUAAUGAAAAAUAAAGUUGACUUAUGUGAAAAAUCAAAUUUUGCGAAUGAAGUGAAAUCAUGCUUAGUGUCAAAUAUAACUACACUAAGAACGCAGAAGCGUGAAAUGAAAAUAGAAAUACAGAAAAAAUUUGAUGAGUUUCGAGACGAACUGAUAAUAAGCGAAGAUAGAAUGAUGGAUUAUGUAGAAUCGUAUUAUAAAGUAAAAUUGGAGCAUUUGACUAAAAAUAAAUUGCUAAUGGAGGAAUUAAAAAAAAAAUACGAUUUCUAUUUGUAUUUUUCUCAGUCUGCUUUGAAAAGGGAAAACCAGGCAGAUCUAGACAUAACAAAUUUAGUCAACAAUCAACUGUCAAGUGUCAGAAAAGGUUUCAUAAUGGACAUUAGUGGAUUGGAUUCAACUAAUACAAAAUGUAUUGAAUUAACAGUUGUGUUGGACGAUACACUGCGUAAAUUAAUUGAAUCCGUUAAAAACAUUGCAAUUUCUAAACCACAAACAUAUGUAAAAGCAAUUGAUGCGAUUAGUAAGACCGUGAAUAUUACAUCUUUUCCGGGAUACCACAGUGCCACUAAGAAAAUUGAAGACAUCCCGAAAUCUAUAAUUGAUGAUAAUCUAGUGGACAAAGUGAAAUAUAAUUUACUCAAACAGCAGAGAAAAAGUUUAAAUUCUUCUGCAGGUGUUUCUUCACAUUUAGAUACUAAUAUAGACAACAUGUAAUUGCAAAACCAACAAGGGGACAUAUUAUUAAACAGUGAGUGAUAGUCUGUUUUACUGGCGGUUCGCGCUAGGCGAAUUUGUACAAAUUUAAAUGUGUUUGGGACAUUUAACAAAUUACGUUGAGAGAAUGAUUUUCAAAUAUUGUAAUGAGUUUUAGCGAUCUGAUAUAAUAUAAUAUGCUAUAAUGCGUUUGGAAAUAUAUUAUCAGUGCAUAUUAUUACUUACUUUAUUAUUAUUUCACACUGUCCAUGAAUUCUACUAGAUAUAUUUUGAUUAAACUUAAUUUUUUUAAAAACCAAGUUUAAAAUCGUAUUACUUAAAUUAUAUUAAUUUUUUGAGGGUUUUUUUAUUGAAUUUGCGAAUUGAAAAUAGUAACCACUAAACACUUUUUUUUUAAAGUUUUAUUGCUUUGAAAUAUAAAUAUAAUAUACUCUUUAAUACAUACAACAAAAUAAUUUAAUCUUAAAAAAAAAGGUAAGAAAAAACUCGAAGU